AUGCCAGCAACGAAGGAACACGAGAUCACCAUGGAGAAAACUCCCAGGUACUUCGUGUCUCCAGACGUACCAGAAAGGAUUUACAACAUGUCUCUAAAUACUAAACUUGUUAUAGUUGUUCGUGAUCCAGUUAUAAGAGCACUGUCUGAUUUCACUCAGGCAGUUAGUAAACAUGAGGUGGAAUCUAAUAUGAUCUUCCGUAGGAGGGUUUUACGUAGAGAUGGUGACAUCAAUUUACACUCGUCAAUCGUUCAAACGGGGAUUUACGUUCGCUACGUCACAAAUUGGUUGAAGUAUUUUGGAAGUAGCAACAUCCACAUCGUCAGUGGUGAGGAGCUUAUAACAAAUCCUCUAGCUGUGUUAGAGACUGUGCAAGACUUUAUUGGUGUUGAAAGAGAAAUAGAUGGGAACCUUAUAUUUUUUAACAAAACGCGUGGAUUUCCGUGUAUAAGGAUAUUAAAACGAAAGAGGACAUCAAAGUGUUUCGGCAAAACUAAAGGAAGAAACCACAUUCCUCCGACGCAGCUGAUCAUGAAAUUUCUGUCCCGAUGUGGCAACAAGGGCGUGCUUGUGGUGGAGGCCUUGGUCGCCGAUGAGUCAAUGUUCGUGGACACUGAAAUGGUUAACAAUACGGUGUAG